AGCGAGACUGGAAUCUGCUUUGUUGAGACCAUCGAUGCUUUGACUUUCGGCGAGUCAGCUGUUAAUUGCAGGAUAUUGCGGGGAGUUUUCACGGUGCUUGCUGGAUAAUAAACAUUGCUAACGUCUUGUGAGUUGACAGUUGACGCCUUUUUCGCCGUAUGGACGCUUUAGACGACAGAAGUCUGGACCUCCUGUAUAUAAACAAAACGCUGCGAGCUGCUUUUUAAGGUGGCACGUCAAAGACAGCUGCAAUCAGCAGAGUCGUCCGUUUCCCGUUUGUUAAGUUAGCUAACUUCGCGUUGGCAACUCGAUCUGAGAUGGAAAUAUCCAAACAGCUUUGCUAGGAGUUAAACUCCUAAACUUAUCCGUGCGAACAUGAGAGAAGAGGACAGUUUGUUGUUGGGAAGCCAGCCCCUGGCAAGUGAAAAAGGGGGUGAACGUCCCUGCAGCUGCCCCCAAUUGACAGAGGAGAAAGGACCUGCCAACAAGAAGUGUGACCUGAGGCCUCCUGGUCAUUUGUUCAGGUCAUAGUAGAAGAAAUUCAUACCUUUGACAUGGAGACGGUGGGGAAAUUUGAGUUUAGUCGGAAGGACUUGAUAGGACAUGGCGCAUUUGCUGUCGUCUUCAAAGGCAGACAUCGAGAGAAACACGACUGGGAGGUGGCAGUAAAAUGUAUAAACAAGAAGAACUUGGCCAAAUCCCAGACACUGUUGGGAAAAGAGAUCAAAAUACUGAAGGAACUCAAACACGAGAACAUUGUUGCAUUACUGGAUUUUCAGGAAACUGCCAGCUCAGUGUACCUGGUAAUGGAGUACUGUAAUGGCGGUGAUCUUGCAGACUACCUACACUCCAAAGGCACGCUGAGUGAGGACACUAUUCGGGUUUUCCUGCAGCAGAUCGCAGGGGCCAUGAGGGUCCUACAGACCAAAGGAAUAAUCCAUCGGGACCUCAAACCCCAGAAUAUUCUGCUCUCCAACCCACCAGGGCGCAAGUGUCACUCCAACAAUACCUGCAUCAAGAUUGCGGACUUCGGUUUUGCCAGGUAUCUGCAGAACAACAUGAUGGCGGCCACACUCUGUGGUUCCCCCAUGUACAUGGCCCCUGAAGUAAUCAUGUCCCAGAACUAUGAUGCCAAGGCUGACUUGUGGAGUAUAGGAACUAUAGUGUUUCAGUGCUUAACUGGAAAAGCUCCUUUUCAGGCCAGCAGUCCUCAGGAUCUCCGGCUGUUUUAUGAGAAGAACAAAAACCUCAGCCCCAACAUCCCCAGAGAAACCUCACACCAUCUGAGGCACCUGCUGCUGGGUCUGCUGCAGCGCAACCACAAGGACCGCAUGGACUUUGAUGACUUUUUUUGUCAUCCUUUUCUGGAGGCAAGCUCAUCCAUUAAAAAAACCACUCCUACAGUGACCAUGACCUGUUUGCCCAGCUCUGCAUCAGCUAGCUCCUGUAGCAGCUCCUCAACCUCUCACCUUGCCUCACCACCGCAGUCUCUUGCUGAGACUCAGCAGAUACGUGCCAAAGCUCUGGCCUCUCCGACUCAGGAGGCCACUGGUUUUCUCCUGAAGGACUCGUCUGGAGGAGGCGGCAGCAGCAAGAACUCCUCCUCCUGUGACACUGAUGACUUUGUAAUGGUGCCUGCUCACUUCACCACAGGUGAGCUGACAGGUGACAGUAAACUGCUGCAGGACAGCCUGAUGAAUAGCGGCUCCCUUUUGGCUUCUGCUGGUCUGUGCACCCAAGACAAAACACCACCACAAUCUCCAUCUUACAGCGGAUCUCCAAGUCCUGUCAGGCCCAGCGAGUUCCCGGGAAGUAAUUGUCAUGGUAACUAUGGAAACCAUGGUCAGUCAUUACCUAUCCCAGUACCCAGUCAGGUCCAGAAUUACCAACGCUUGGAGCAAAACCUCAAUUCUUCCAAACAGAAUGGCUCACCACGGUUUUCAACACCGGUGCGACGUUGCAGCAGUGGCAGCUUGCUGGGCUUCGCUAGAACUGGACCCUCACCCCCUUAUGGGCAGGUAGCGGCCCCCACCUCCCGCAGGCUCUCCCUGGGAGGUGCUAGACCAUUUCAGCUCUCACCUCAAGCUCUGCCGCAGACCGAACCGAGGCCUACUUCUCAGCAACACCCACAGACUGUUGGGCUUGGCACACGGCUCAACAGUGCCCCCUGCCUGUUGGAGUGUGCAAGUGGUGGUGGCAGGCAUAAGAUAAAGAAGCAGCACUCUGACCCUGUGGCUGCCCCCUCAGCAGGGCUGAUGACUGUCCGCCCCCUACACUCUUCCCCCAGACUUAGCGAACUAAUGCAGCGUAACCCUCUCCCCACUAUCCUGGGCUCCCCCUCCAGGACUAUCCCCCCGUUUGAAUUCCCCAAACCUCCCAGCUCUCCGAACCUUGUGACUUUCCUAACUCAGAAGGGUUUGGUCAUCGGCUCGCCUGGCAGCAGGACUGCCCCAGCAGAGCUCAGAGACCUUGCACUUCACGAACGAGACUUCAUCAGAGACCAAGCACCUUCACCAGGCUCCCACCCUGCCCACUGCAUCCAUAGACUGAAUGAUGACACCAAGAACUUUGGAAGGUCACAGAGUGCCGGUCGUCUGUCCGACAUGCUGCUGAUGGCUGCAUUUGGAGCAGGUGGGCAUGCAGGUGACCGAGGCAGCAUGGAGAACCUGACCUCUGAAAAAGCCAUAGACAUUACAGUACCUCCUGGUGGUGGAGGCUUUGCACCUGGUUCCGGCAGCCCAGCGCAGGUGGUGUUUACUGUGGGUUCUCCACCAAGUGGCAGCACCCCACCAAAUGCCUCCAGACAGAGGAAAUACUCAGGCUCCUUCACUUCAGUUAGUCCUGCAGGCUCCUACACCAGCCGCUACCCCCAGACAGGCACCCAUGCGGAUGGCUUUGAGGCCCCUCCCAGUCCUCGUUAUAGCUUCACUGAUCCCAUCUCAGCCAACAUGGGCGGCCCUGUAGCCUUUGAAGCUCCUGAGCUGCCUGAGGAGACGCUAAUGGAGCAGGAGCAUACGGACACUGUGCAGCACCUGCGGUUCACUUUGGAAUUCGCCCAUUGUCUAAUGGAGGUGGCCGGCGCCCGCAGUGCUUCAGUGGAGAGGGGACAGGGCGACAUUUCUCAUCCCUCCCUUCAGCAGCAGAGCCUGGUAGCUGAUCAGAUAAGCUCCCUGAGCAGAGAGUGGAGUCAUGCAGAACAGCUGGUCCUCUACCUUAAGACUACAGAGCUUUUGUCCACAGCCUUACAGACAGCCAUGGAGCGAGUUAAACAGGGCAAACUCUACCCGUCUGCUACUGUCAAACAAGUAGUCAGAAAGCUGAAUGAGCUUUACAAGUCAAGCGUGACAUCCUGUCGCACGCUCAGCACCCGCCUGGAGAAAUUCUUCUCCAGAAAGCACCGUCUAAUGGACCAAAUCACCUCCAUCACAGCUGAGCGGCUGCUCUUUAGUCAUACUGUGCAGAUGGUUCAAGCUGCUGCGCUGGAUGAGAUGUUCCACCAGGGGGAAGCGUCGAUCCUGCGCUACCACAAAGCUCUCUUGCUGAUGGAGGGUUUGUCUCUGCUGCUUACUGAACAGGAUGACAUCCUCAGUGUUAGCAAAUGUAAAGAGUGCAUUGAACGCCGCCUCACAGCUCUGCAGUCGGGACUCUGCGUUUAAGUGUUCCAGCAUCAUGUCUGGGCGCGGUUGUGAUGUCAAUCAUUUGCAUCGAGCACAUUACUAACUAACCAAAUCUCCCUCCACAUCUCAUGGUUUCACUUAGAAACACUUUCGUUUUCACGAGAAAACCUCAAGGCUUAAAUUUACACAGAAACUGGAGGGUUUUUUUUUUUCUUCUGAAAAUUUUUCAGUUCAUCAGUGAAUGUGGCAGGAACUUCCUCAUUGUUAAACUUGGACCAGUGUUCAUAAAGAGGACUUUGCUCAUUGUUCUGAAGCUGUCAAGUAAAGCGGGAACAGUUAUUGCCAAGUAGUCACAUUCCUACAUAUUGUAGCUACCUACACAUAAACACAGCGCUUUCUAAAAUCGCCAAAUAUUGACGUUUUGACUUUGCAGCGAGCAGCUCUUCAAGUAAAAUGUUUUACCAAGAUCACAAGCUGGAGGAAAAGUGUAGCAUCUGCUGCACGCUAAUGACAACAUGAGCUAAUAAGGACUGAUGGUGUUCAAGCAUUCAUCAUAUGUUGUCUUACACUUAUUAUUUGCUUUGAUGGUUUUAUUUUCUUCUGGGUUUUAUCUCAUUUCAUGCUUGCUGACAGGAAUGUAUGACAACGCUACAGAAGGUGGCUAGAAAUGUCACAAAAAUGUUGCCAAAAUAACCCCCAAAAAGUAAUGUUUUUUUGUUUUAAUGCUAGUAUGCUGAUUUAGAAGAAAAAGAAAACACUUUUUGACACUUUACUGAUCCUAUACUUGCUUAAUAUCAAAAACGCUGUCCUGAUAUUGACGUUACGAUCUCUGGAAGGGACUAGCAUAGUUCAAAUAAGAUGCCACACCCAGUAGCUUUUCAUUUAAGCGAGACUGAAAGUGAUCUGUCAGCGUCUUUUUGUUGCAAUGACAAUAAAGUUCUAUUCAUCACAGUCAUGUAAAAAAAAAACAUGAUGCAAUAAUCUGGGAUGCAUUCUUCCAGCACAUGAAAUCUUGCAUCUUGCUGGUAAUUUAUAUUCAUGAUUCCAUAGUCUUGUUUUUUUUAUAUAUAUAUUUUACCUGUCAGUCAUGUUGGUGUUUAGCAAGUAUAAUCAAAUAUGAAUGUAGGGCCGUCAGGAGAGAAGCAGCAUUAUUAUUAGACUGAAUGUUAGAUGAUUAACAUUUAGGAUGUGUUCUUGCACUGUUGAAGUACUGUAUUGAAAGAGUGGAUCAUGCUAAACUCAUCCAGCUUUUUGUUUUUUUUUGUUUUUGAUUUGGUGUAGUUUUUAGUUAUUUUGCAGUUACUGUCAAAAAAGUAGUGUGUUCGAUGAGUUUUGAGAAAGAAGACGGUAUAAGCUAAGUUUUCUGGAAGGAGAAAUAGAAAAAAUGUUAACACUGAAAAAAACAUUGCAUUGAUUGUUUUGUGUUGUUUCCGGGUAGUUGUUGUUUGCUUUUGAAAAGUUACAUAUUAAUUGGGAGUGCUAGUGGAAAAUGUGUAUUCUCUGAAAUAUUUUUAUUGUUGAUGUUUAAAUUAGGCUUUUACCCCUGAAAGAUUUCUUAAAUUGUCUACAUUUUUUUUUUUUUUUUUGGACCAAUUGAAAAUUUCUUUCAAAGUUUGUGUGAUUGGUUGGAUGUGUGAAGUGUUGUUUUUUUGGGGGGAGCUAUUUGAGUUAUUACAGGAAGUAGGGUACCAGCUUUAUUUAUGAAGCUGGUACAUUUAAAAAAAUCACAUGCUUCUCUGCUGUAGCCCACUUUUAGGCCCAUUCCUAAUUUAUUUAAACUAAGAUGUAAUUUCUUUGGCUUUUUUUCCUUUUUUUUUUUUUUUUUUUCUAAAAAUGUUGAAUGAGUGCAUAUUUUAUAAGAUGUUGGCAGAUAAUCCCAGCUGAAAGGGGUUAACAGUGAAGCCCUACAGUAGCUCUGUCAGCAGAACAGAAAGAACAGUUAUUGAAAUAGCUAUUGUGUGUAUUUGCUUUGUUGCCUUUUUAUCUUUUGUCAUAAAAAAAACUCUGCAUGUUUGUUCAAGUGUACAUUCCCAAUACAAAUUUAUUCACAGGCUCUCUGUCUCUACACAUGCUCUUCUGAUCUCUAAACGUAAUGUCUUGAAAGAAAAGCUGAUGCAUUUGUCACUUUUUAAUCGUUCCAUACAAUCAUUGCAAUUGGUCAUCCCGAUGCUGAUUAUUCUUGUUAGGAAUCAAAAGCAUCGUGAGGGGUACAAUGUGGAGGUGGUGGAGAAGCAACACCCUAUGAUGUUCCACUGUUCAGUGUAUCACAUUGGAGAUAAACUGAAACACAUUUAACACCAUUAAUAUUUGUCAUCAUGUAUUCCAACAGUAGAUCACUUCCUGAUUUGCUUUGUUUUUCAUAGAAAGUACCAGGAUGGGUUUUAAUUUACACUUUACAUGACCUGAUUUAUGCUGUGCUUCCUGUUAAUAUUGUAAAUUAAAUUAUUGAUAUUGUAUAUAGGACACUGUUGGCAUAGAGAGAACGGUACGUUAUGGCCUGUACAUUUCCAAAGACUAUAGGCUUUCUGCUUCAUCUUCCAUAUUUUCACCUGCUGUUGCAAAAGCAGUGUAAUGUCAUAUUCAUAGCAGGCACUAUCACAAUGUCCUUUUGUGUGAGAUGUAACCUUUCCUGUUUGGGAGCUGCAUUAUGAAUAAAGUGGAAGGAAAGUUAA